UUUGGUCAGAGGUUUUCCCAUUGUCUCACUCCCUUGUGAUACAAGCCCAGGUAACGCAGGUAGCUGUCCGGAAACAGGUAAGACCAUGAAAGCGAAGAUGGCACAGAGUUGACAGCUGAUCAUGAUGGCAAAGUCAUGCGCUGUUCGUCACCAGUGUAUGCGUGUGUCGACAGCCGGAGAGCGAUCCCAAUAGAAUCACUGUCUCAACACCGACCAGCACUUCAAGUUCAGGGGAGUCACACUUUACAGGGCCAAACUUAACACACCAGAAAACAGGAGAACACAUAAAACAAUAUCGUCUUUGAUGGGAGAAUGGCCCAUUACCAUGGAUAUAUACCAGUGCUAUUAAGUAUUUUCGUAAGUGCGUGCUGGGGACAACUGAUUCUACCAAAAGGUCGUUAUGACGAAACAUUCAGGGGAUUAUGUAGGAAAAACGAAGAGUACGUCAAGGUACCGUGGGACUGCCAGGCCUACAUUCAAUGUAAAUCUUCGCCAGGAAGUCAGGAAAUAUUUCUCCAGAGGUGUCCAGCAUCCCUAGAGUUCGACAUGAAAAUCAAAUCAUGUAGAUGGCCAACGUCAGCGUGUCUCUCAGUAGAAGAAUCGGUAGACACCUUUUGUACGGAUCAUCCGACUGCACUGCUACCGAACCCUGAUAAAUGUGCUCAAUACUAUGACUGCUCGCGCCCCUCACACGGACAGUUCGCCGGGGCAACGCCUUAUCUUCGGGAGUGUCCUCAUCCUCAGCUAUUUGACCUGGAGACCUUUGGUUGUCUCGACUUCAGAAAUGUUAAGUGCGCCAACAGGAAACAACCGGUGUCACCUUGUGACUACAAAGCGUAUGAGUGUAGGGGGCCGGACUGUAAGAAAUGCACUGACCAGAUUCCCGGAUGUACGGGAAAGCCGGAUGGACCUAACUCCCACCCGAGUAGGCUGCUGACCAACUAUUUCGUGGUGUGUCAAAACGGCAAGGCUACCUCUGUGGAGACAUGUGCCAGGGGACUGUUUGAUCCCACCCAGGGACGCUGUACCACUCAACUGGAUCCUCUGUCUGUCGAAGCCUAUUGUAGGGAGAACCCCCGGGGUAAGAUCGCAAACCCCUCAAACUGUGCCAUGGUGUAUGACUGCACGCGCACCAGGCAGCGAAACAACUUUCUGAAGUACGAGGACGAGUGUCCCUAUCCUAUGUAUUACUCAGCGCUCCAAGGAAUGUGUAUGGACUUUCGGGACGUGCAGUGCGGCUUCCGGUCACAACCGAUCUCUAAAUGUGAUUACCAAAGAUACUCGUGCUCAGGGGCAAACUGUCCCGUUUGUGAGCAAGUUUUUCCAAGCUGCGCAGGUCUGUCCGACGGACUCCAUGUGUUUCCGGGAAGGGAAGGAACUCCUGCAUAUAUCGAGUGUUUCCGAUCCAGAACGGUUGAUUCCAGUUCGAAAUGUCCAAAUGCUGCAAUAUUUGACCCCAGAACGAGGUCGUGUACAGGAGGUGCACCGAUAUUUCCCGGAAAUGGAGGCGGACCAUUUAACCCAGACACGUUCCCAAAUACCGGGAAUAAUGGAGGUGGUGACUGUGUGAGUAAUCCACGGGCCCUGAUACCGGACGCCACGAACUGCGCGCGCUACAUCGAUUGUAGUAAGGUGGACCCGACCCGAGGGCUAAGCAGUAUGACGGAGGAGUGUCCCUACCCUCAACUGUUCGACAUAAAAUCUGGAUGUGUAAAUUUUAUCGAAGUCAGCUGUGGGAGUCGCUACGAACCAAAGUCUCCUUGCGAGUACAACAACACAAAGAAUUUGUGUAACGGACACAUGUGUCAACUGCCGUGCGAGGAGAGGUCCCCCAGCUGUGUCGGACGCCCGGACGGAAACAAUACCUUCCCCGACCGCCAACUGACCUCUUUCUACAUCUCCUGUAUGUUAGAACGGACGCGGUCUGUCGGCAUCUGUCGAUAUGGCGUGUUCGAUCCCACCCUCCGACGAUGUACCACCAAGCUCGACCCAGCGUCUGUCCGUGAAUUCUGCAUGAAGAACCCCCUGACCGUGUUCCCGCACGUGGCCGGUUGUGCGCGGUACUAUAACUGCAGCGACUCCCGGGAUGAUCGCGUGUUCGGUCCUUACCUCCGGGAAUGUACCUAUCCCGAGCUCUUCAAUAUUGUCCAGCUUCAAUGUGUACCACCAAAACAGGCUAACUGCCGAUGGAGAUUCGAACCCAAGAAUCCUUGCGACUACAUUUAUAACCAAUAUUGUCCGGACCCCUCGUGUGAGCCUUGUGAUAUACGCUUCCCCGGUUGUGUCGGACGGACGGACGGACGCCAUCCUGUCAGUAACACUGAAGACAAAUACUUUGUCUGUAGUGGCGGCAUGUUUGUCAGUAUCGACCAAUGUAGAGGGGCUUUGGGAUCCUACGACCCGAUCGCUAGGACAUGUGUCGCCCCCUACAAUUGUGGUGGAUACGGUGACGGUAACCAUCAAAUCGCAGGAACGGAUACAGACUAUUUCACGUGCAUGGAUGGACUCUACGUCAGCAAAGGAUCCUGCGCACCUGAUACCUUCGAUUCUGUUGACCGCGUCUGCGUACAGUCACCGUGCGCAGCAUUGCUUGACGGAAAUUACGUUAUACCUGGACAGAAAACGGAUUUCUUUAUAUGUCAGAACGGUAAAUACGUGGAUAAGAUGUCUUGUGCGCCGUUCACAUUUGACGAGAAGACAAGAGAGUGUCUGACGCAUCCCGACUGUGCAGGGCUGAAUGGGAACUUCCCUAUGCUGGAGUUACCCAACGAGUACUUCACCUGUCGCAAUGGUCGGUACAUAGAGAUGGCCUCGUGUGCACCUGAGACCUUCAACAUGGAUACAGGAAGAUGUAACAUACCCAGCUGUACAGGACGUCCGAACGGAAACAACGCUCUGGCGGGUUCCAUCUCCGAGUUUAUCGUCUGUAGAAACUCCUACUAUCUGAAGACAGGAUCGUGUGCGCCAUCAACCUUUGAUCCUGAGUCCCGACAAUGUAAGGCUCUCGAUUGCGGUCAACUAGCCGAUAGUACGUAUCCAAUUUCAGGGACAGAUAACUCUUUUAUUGGAUCAGACUCGGACUGGAUCCGAUGUGAAGGAGGACUUAGAGUGUCGAGCGGUACAUGUGAUCCAUUAGCCUACAAUCCAAUAACCUCCAAUUGUCAAGCGUCGCCAUCUUGUUCUUCAAAGCCAAACGGAAAGAACUCUAUUCCCGACAACGACUUCGUUUACUUCAACUGUGAGAAUGGAAUUCUACUUUUUAUCCAAUCAUGUGCUCCAUUUCCGUUUGACCCCGUCACGCGCCAGUGUGGGUUCCCGGCGUGUGCUGCUGAUGGUAACUUCGCCAUACCUUACAACAACCGUCUUUACAUUACCUGUAGGAACGGUGAGAUUGCAUUUGAGGGAGAUUGCGGUUCCUCUUUGUUUGACCCCAUGUCUGGAUUGUGUAGGUCACUCCCGGACUGUUUCGGACUCCUGGAGGGGAACAACGCCUUGACGGGCACCGAGGAUCUUUACUUCGAAUGCUCUGUGGGAAAGUUCGUCAAGAUGUACUCGUGUACUCCUCAGAUCUACAACCCUCUCACUGGACGCUGUAUCCCACCCAUCAACCCCUCUGACCCCGCCUCGUUCUGCCAGCGUGACCCUACAUCCGCCUUCCCUCACCCUGCGAGUUGUGCUCGCUACAUAAGCUGUGCCCAGGAGAGAACACAGCUUGGUAACUACCAGGAGGAGUGUCCCUACCCCACACUGUAUGACAGCAGAGAUGGAGUCUGCAAACCAUACAGAGAAGUUCAAUGCGGAAGCCGGAUGGAACCCAAAGCCCCUUGCGAUUACGAAAAGACGAGACAGUGUACUUCUCCCGACGGUAACUGUCCCCCGUGUGAACAGGAACACCCCAGCUGUGUGGGCAAGACGAGGGAUGGACCACAUGCCAUACCAAACAGACCGGAAUGGUUCGUCCAAUGUGCGGACGAGAGGACAUACGACGUUAAGAAAUGUCCAAACACUACUCCAGUCUUUGAUCCAGUCGCUGGCGCCUGUUCUGUUGUCUUGGAUCCACUAAAUCCAGGUCCAUACUGUAGGGUUAACCCCAGUGCGAUGGCAUCAGACCCUGAUAACUGUGCUCAGUACAUCGACUGUCGAAUGAUGAUCACGGACUUCGGCAGCUACAAACAGGAAUGUAACUAUCCAGACUUGUUCGACGAACAGCUGAACGCAUGCAGACCAUACAACCAGGUCGGCUGUGGCACCCGACCUAUACCGAAAGGACCAUGCGAGUACGAGGCUAACAUGCGUUGCCUUAACAACCGUUGCUCGAUUUGCGAGGAGUCGUUUCCAUCUUGCGUUGGUCUGCCGAACGGAAAUAAUCCAUUCCCAGGGCAACGGAAUAUGUUUAUAGUAUGUAAGGAUGACAGGACCACCAGCCAAGACCCGUGUGCUACCGGUUACUAUGACCACGCCGCGCGGAUAUGUACCCUGAAGUUUGACCCAGUCGACCCGGAGCCCUACUGUGCUUUCAAACCUAACGAUAUGGUAGCCAAUGAUAUGCUGUGUUCCCAGUAUUACGACUGCAGUAGGCCAAACAGUGCCUACGGACGGAACCUCCACGAGUGUCAGUAUCCCCUGCUCUUCUCCAGGACAACAAUGUCAUGCCAGGACUUCAGUAACGUAGACUGUGACACCCGUUUCGAGCCUAUCCAACCCUGUGAAUAUCUUCAAAACAAAUGCAUUCCCACUCCCGGAUCUGCGGCGUGCGUGCCAUGCGCAGAAAGACUUCCGCCCUGUAUUGGUCGCUCUGAUGGAAACAACACGUUCCCCGGCCGCGAGAACACGCCUUACUUCAUCACAUGCUUUAAGAAUCGCACAAUCUUUGUAAGGACAUGUGAACGUGGAUAUUUCGACCCAGUGACGAAGAUUUGCCAGUUCGAGAUCGACGCCUCAAAUCCCAAGCCAUUUUGCAAAUUCAACCCGAACGUCCAAAUUGCUCAUCCUGGUAGUUGUGCGAAAUACUUCAACUGUAGCUCCGAGGUGAGCAUGUACGGCGCGUUCGUACAGGAAUGUCAAUAUCCGCUCCUCUACAACCGGCAAACAAAGAGAUGUGACGAGUUUGAUAAAGUCGACUGUGGCACCGCCUCGAUACCUCAGGCUCCAUGUGAGUACGACCAGAACACAUGUGCAGUUACACAGGAAACGGGUUGUCGUCCCUGUAGUGAGCGUCUGCCUAGCUGUAUUGGGAAGGAGGCCGGAAAUCACACAUUCCCGGGACGUGAACUUUCCACGUACUACAUCGUCUGUUUCCGGAACAGAACCGUCGCUGUACGGUCCUGCGCGGAGGGAUUUUUCGAUCCUGCUACUGGUCGUUGUACAAAUGCCCUAACUGCAGCGGCCAUUCGCGGGUUCUGUAUGGCUAACCCCGAUGUGAUUAAGGCCAACCCGCUGAAUUGUGCCCAGUACUUUGACUGUGGGAAUGCUAGUAAACGUGCCCAGACCUUCCUCAGGGAGUGUCCGUACCCGAUGCAGUUCAACAGCGAGGCUCACGCGUGCCAGAACUUUACCAACGUCAUUUGCGACACUCGUAAAGACAUCAAACUUCCAUGCGAGUACCUACAGAACAGAUGUAACCCCGCCGAUAAAAGAUGUCAGAAAUGUGAGGACCGUAUCCCCAGCUGUGAGGGCUUAGCGGACGGAAACCAUCUUCACCCCGGCAAACCAAUGACCUCUGCUUACAUCGUCUGUCUGGCCGAGCGGACAAUGUCCAUACAGAAGUGUGAUCGUGGGCUAUACGACCCUGGCACGCGAGUCUGUGUUAAUGACGUCACGGAGAUAAUGGUCCAGCUCUUCUGUGAGAAAAACAAAGACGCAAUCAAACCCCACCCAUUCCAGUGUGCACAAUACUACGACUGUCGUCAGGCCAUCGGCGGUUCGUUCCUCCGGGAGUGUAAAUACCCACAGCUGUUUGAGGAAUCUACAGACACCUGUCGCAAUUUUUCCGAAGUCAACUGCAGAGACAAAUUCCAACCACAAGCUCCAUGCGACUACCUCCAGAAUCAUUGUCCCCCUAACUACCCCGGAUGUCAACCGUGUGAGGAACGGCUCCCCAGCUGCGUGUCACUUCCGGACGGAAACAACCCGUUCCCAGGCCGUCUGUUGUCCGAAUUCUACAUUCAGUGUUUCCAAAACAGGACUGUUUCCGUGGAGGCCUGCCAGGUUUCCCUGUAUGAUCAAACGAUCAGAAGUUGUUCCCCUCAGAUUAAUCCGAACCUUUUAUCCAGCCACUGUGAAGCCAACCCAUUCGACUUGAUUCCCGACCCCACAAACUGUGCCCGGUAUUUCAACUGUAGUAACUCUGGUCUGAGCAAGGGUAUGAGCCAGCCCUACAUGGCUGAGUGUAAAUACCCGAAGCUGUUCGUUUCGUCCAGCAUGGGGUGUCAAAUCUUUACCACGGUAUCAUGCCAGGAAAGAUAUGAACCAAGGGCCCCCUGCGAGUAUGUUCAGAACCAAUGUUUCGGCACCGGAUGUGAACCGUGCGAGUCAAAAUUCCCAAGCUGCAUCGAUAAAGAGGACGGGAGUAACAUGUUCCCCGGGAAGCAAUUCACCAGACUCUACACUGUGUGCUACUCCAACAGAACUGUCGCAAUAGUGUCAUGCGCAGUGGGCAUCUACAAUCACAUAGAGAAGGCAUGCGUACAGGAAUCAGUAACAACGCCUGCGCCUGCACCCUAAACACACGUGCUGUUAUAUCAAUAUAGACAAUGCCAGUAUCUGUUCGUCAACACCAUUUUAGAAUAAGACACUGAUAAAUACAGUCAUAGAGUAGAGACCAGAUGUGGAGUUAACUUAGAUAAACUAACAAAUCAGUCGUGUUAAUAAAUACAUUUCCAGUUAAGUUACCACUGUUCAGGUCAAUGGAGUGCUUGUAUAUCAGACUAUAUCAGUAAAGGUGAUACAGAGCAUUGAUCAAUAUUAGAUGUAUUGAUUGUCAAUAACGUGCGAAUAAAAUUAUAGGUAUAUAGAUAUAAAUCAAUAUUUACAUGAAACAUUAGAUAUUUUAAAAUCUUUGAAAUGUAUACAUGUUUAUUUAACGAUAUACGUGAAUAUCUUUAUUCUUAAAAACAGAUGGCAGUUGUCUGUUGUUUAUUUUAUAUUUAUAUUGUAAUGUAACGUUUCAUCUCAUUUUGUUCUCGGUAACAAACAUCAUAUAUAAAGCUGGACUUUUACAUCUACUUGAACACUGUAUUGUAACCAUUGUAUCGUUUUCAUCAUAUGUUUGUGAACUGCAAUCUUGUACGCUGCACAAGGAAUACCAUUUCAAUUUUUUCACAUUCAAUUAAAUUCAACUGCUAUACCUCGCUUAACAAAUAGGGGCUAAAAUUCACCCCUGUACCUGGCAGUAUAACGAUGUUAAAAUUCACCCUUGUACAUGGCAGUAUAACGAUGUUAAAAUUCACCCCUGUAUAUUGCCGAGUAUCCAGGCUAUCAUCCAACUCCUGUAGUUGCUUAUUAACGUGGAUAUAAUUGUCCAUCAAUUUUUACUUUAAUAUGUACAUUUUCAAGUAAACUUAUGCAAAUUAUCAAUAGUAUGUGAAAUCAGCCUUGUGUUGGUGUAUACUGGUAGUGUUCUGUCGAUCUAGUGUAUAGGUAUGUGUCAUUAUAUAUGUACUGGACCCGUUGGGACCUUUUAACUUACAAUAACAGCGGUUAUCUGCAGUAGUCACGUGAUAUGAAAUAGUCACGUGACUUUGCAGUGAUACGCAAAGAGUGAAUGUGUAUGAAGAAAGUAUGUUUAAAGUUAUUUCAAGUAUAUGUAAAUAUUUUAUGAAAUAAAUAGACCUUACAUGCAUAACACAUGAUUGCACGAUCUGUAGUUGGUCAGUCAAGUGAAACUGACCGAAAUAUAACAAUACUUUAUGAUACUAUGAGAUUGUCUCUGACUGUCCAGGGAGUGAUACAGUUAGAUUUUACUAUAAUAUAUAUCUAAUUGUAUUCAUAUUUACUAGAAUGAAAAGUACCACUCUCAUCAAUUUUCAGUGUUAAACUCAUUACGUGAUGUAUUUCUUUUUAUACCUUAAAUUCACUGCUGUAUGAUGUUCUUGACUAGAAAGACUACAAGUAAAAUAACGAUAAAAAACAAUGUCUCCAUUUACCGAAUCUUUUCUGAUUUAUCGAUCUUUAUUCAGAUCAUCAUAGUUAUGAAUUGUGUACAUUAGGGUACUUUAUCGAUAUAUAUAUUAGUUCUGUUUAAGCAGCAAUAUCCUUCUUUCCUUAUUUUAAAACGAUUAUAUUUUUUCAAAGUCAAUUACAAGUGUGACAAAUUAUGUCCGUUUUUUAACAAUAAAAUAAAUUUAGUUUCUUCAUUUCAA